UGGAUGAAUCUCAUCCCCAGUGGCUUCCCUAAUGCUCCCAGUAGCGGCCUUGUGCACUCGGCGCUGCCCCGGUCUGUACCCCAAAAAGGAGAAAAAAAAAAAAAAAAAACGAAACAAAAGAGCUCUCUCUCUCGGCUGGAAGCUCCCGCUAGGGUUCGGAGCGCCAUAGAUCCUUCUGCGCUGCUUGAAGCUCUACGUAGGGUUCGAGGUUCUAUUUUCGUCCAGACGAUCUCUCUUUCUGUGAAGUUUCACAGGUUUGUUACUGCAAUACCUUGUUCAUUUGUAAGAGCCAGUUGCCUUUUCUGCUCAGACUUAUUGGUUCUACAGCUUUUACAUGCACCUCAUGCAGUUGGCUUUUAGUCAGAAGUUGAGGAAUGUUUUGUAGUUCAGAGUUGAUGAUAGUGGACUGCUGUUUUGCAGAAGAUGAUGGGGAUGGUUCUGAUUCCCCUCAGGCAUUUCUGUUUGUUGUCAGUGUGAGAUGCCGUUUUACAGUGCUCAGGCAGGGUUUUUUUUCCCUCUAAUAUGCACUUUUCUUGACAGUGCAAUUUUCCAGGUCAAAUAGUUCAGUCAAGAAUAUAUGUGACUGUUAUUGACCAAAGGUUCUUGAGAUCAUUCUUCUUAGUUCUGCUUGCAAGGAAAAUAUUGGGUGAAUAACCAUCUUGAUGAAGACACUGAAUUCAUGUACAAUUUUUCUUUGAACAGGGAGAAAAUGCUACCAAAUUGGAAGAAACCUCGUAUUUGUUUGACUGAUCUUAGUAUUCUUCUUAUUUAUAUUCUCUGGCACAUCUAGGAGUAAAGAGGGUUUUAAUGGUUUGCAAUAAGAAUAAACCAUGGAGUAUGUAUUAGGGAAAAGGUUUCCCGUCAAUGCAAAAGAUUACAGGUUAUAUGAGGAGGUUGGCGAAGGUGUCAGCGCUACUGUGUACAGGGCUCUCUGCAUUCCCCUGAAUGAGAUAGUUGCGAUCAAGGUCCUUGAUCUGGAGAAGUGUAACAAUGACUUGGAUGGUAUCCGUCGGGAGGUCCAAACAAUGAGCUUGAUUGAUCAUCCAAAUGUUUUACAGGCUCAUUGUUCUUUCACUACUGGUCACAGUCUGUGGGUUGUGAUGCCGUACAUGGCAGGCGGAUCUUGUCUUCACAUAAUGAAAUCUGCAUAUCCCGAAGGUUUUGAAGAACCUGUUAUUGCGACUUUGUUACGAGAAGUUCUCAAAGCUCUUGUUUAUCUCCAUGCUCAUGGGCACAUCCAUAGAGACGUGAAGGCUGGAAAUAUUUUAAUUGAUUAUAAUGGUGCAGUCAAGGUAGCAGAUUUUGGAGUAUCUGCAUGCAUGUUUGAUACUGGGGAUAGGCAACGUUCAAGGAAUACUUUUGUUGGAACACCAUGCUGGAUGGCUCCUGAAGUAAUGCAGCAGUUGCAUGGAUAUGACUUUAAAGCAGACAUAUGGUCAUUUGGAAUAACGGCACUUGAACUUGCUCAUGGUCAUGCCCCAUUCUCUAAGUAUCCGCCAAUGAAGGUAUUGCUGAUGACCUUACAAAAUGCGCCUCCAGGUCUUGACUAUGAAAGGGACAGGAGAUUUUCAAAGUCUUUUAAAGAUUUGGUAGCUACUUGCUUAGUAAAGGAUCCAAAGAAACGCCCCACUUCAGAGAAACUUUUGAAACAUCAUUUCUUUAAACAUGCUCGUGCAAAUGAAUAUCUGGCACGAUCCAUUCUUGAGGGCCUCUCUCCACUAGGCGAUCGUUUUAGGAUGCUGAAGGCAAAGGAGGCUGAUCUUCUUGUACAAAACAAGGCUGUAUAUGGUGAUAAAGAGCAAUUAUCACAGCAAGAGUACAUACGAGGAAUUAGUGCCUGGAAUUUUAAUCUGGAGGAUUUGAAAAGUCAAGCGGCCCUUAUUCAGGAUUAUGAUGGCAUGUCUAAUGCUGAGGAGCCAGAUGCUAAUAGGAAGGAAAAUGAAAGGGGUGAUUAUGUUGGUUUUCCAACGGAGCAGCUGUCCCCUGAAAGGGUUAACCAUUCAAAUGCUGCAUCCAGUCAGGAGGAUGGUCUCAGCGAUCUUCAUAAUUUGGAGAGUUCUCUUGCUUCAUUUCCCUUUCAACCACUUCAGGCGCUUAAAGGUUAUUUUGAUGUUGGUGAGGAUGAUGCAAGUGCUAGUUGUCCAAAUUAUAAAGAUGCUAGUCGAUCGGAUUCUGAGCAGCAGUUUCUAACACAGUCAUCACCAAGGGCCAUGGACCUAGAAUCUGAAAGAAAUAAUGGUGAGCAUGGGGGUCGAAGUGGUUCUCUGCCUCGCCAUGUUAUCCUUGGUCCAAAGAAGUUCUUCAGUGGUUCUUUGAUCCAGGACAAUGCUCAUUCUCCUAGAAAAGUUACUUGUGAUGGUGAUAGGGAAAGUCAACAACCAAGAUACCAAUCUGAUCGGAACUUUAGUGGUCCAUUAUUGUAUCGUCAAAAGAGAGAUACCAAUAACCUUUCAGCUGUGGAUGAUACAUCUGAAGGAGCAGUUGUCCAACGCAAGGGACGUUUUAAAGUCACUUCAGCAGAGCUGAGUCCCAAGGGUUCUUCAAACUGUUCCUUCAACCCAGCUUGUGGAGGUUCAAUAACACCAAUGACCAUGAGUCUUACAUCUGCCCCUGUUCUUCCAUCAUUGCAACACAUUUUACAGCAGAACACUGCGCAAAGGGAAGAAAUAAUUAAAUUAAUCAAGAUUGUGGAGCAAUUCUCGCAAAUCUCUGGCAAUCAUGUAGAAUUAGCUGAGGCAAGCAGCAAUGACCUUUCACAGAUAUCUCCUGCUUCUUUUAGAGAAAGAGAGCUGCAUUCUCAGAUUAUUCAUCUGCAGCAGAGCAUUGGGAGUCUUGUUGAGGAAUUGCAGAGGCAGAAGAUGAGAAAUGCCCAGGUGAGUGCACCAAUGUUGUUUGAGGUCUUCUAUUGUUGUGAGAGAUGGAGGCUUGCACUCUUUACCUGUGCCUGAGAAUCAAUGGCACUUUUGGUAAUGUAGUAGACCAGUAAUGUUCUCAUGCUUGUUGGAAUUCUACACGAUGACAAACAAAAGUUCAUUUUCUCUGAAUGCUAGUUUUGGUAGCUAUGACCCAUUUAGUAGGGUUCGAAAUUUGACCAAAUUUUGGUGCUCUGUGAAUGUCACUGUCAUUUGCGCUUCCACUGCCAGCCUGCUCCUUGAUAAUUAUUAUUGAAGCCUUGAUCAGCAAAGCACACGCUAAUCCUAUAACAACCUCUGUGAACCAUUCUAACAAUGGUUGCCUAAAAGAAUUUCUGAAAUUAUUUUGCCUACUUUUUUCUUUUGAGUAUUAAAAAGCACUAUGCGCUGUAUUUUCAUAUGGCAAUGCACUGGCAAGUUUGGCAUGGAUAUCAUUCAUACCAAUUGGCUUGCAAAUCAGCAUGCUGAUAUGGGUGUGGUUAAACAUGGCUUACUUCGAACAAUCUGAGUAGCUUGGUAGGGGUGUCUAAUACAAGUUCUGUUACAUAUAACAUGAGAAAAUUAUUAAAAAGGUGGUUUUUGUUGGGUGACCAGAAUUUCUGAAAGCCACAAUUGUGACUUACCUGUGGUUUCUAUUCUUUUCAGACUAAAGAAAUUGGAAUAGAUUUGAAUGCUCUAAUUAAAUUGCCCAGUGCAGUUGCCUGUUCUUCAAUUGAUAUCUUCGUCAUAGCCAUAUCUAAUGCGUGCCUCCUAUUUUAUUAGCAGUUGGAAAGACAAUUGAGUGCUUGUCAACAAGGACGGGAAGAUGGAAAAGGAAUGUGAGUCAUAGCGGUGAAGGCGGCGGCGGCCGCGAUAUAUCUGGCACCUCGUCGCUUAUUGAUUGACAAGAAACUCACAAGGAUCUGAAGGGUAUUGUCAGAAAUAUAGGUGCGUCAAAUAAUUUUUCAAUUGUAUUUCUAUUGUAACAUAGUGGGUGAAUAUCUUCAAAUUUUGUGAUACUAUUCCUCCUCGAGUUUCACAGUUUAUAUAGUAUUUGUUGUAAUUUUAAUGAUAAUAUUGUAAUUAUUUAAA